AUGACCGCCGCGUCACCCCCCACGACGCACCAAUUUCCCCUCCCAAAGAUUCUCGAAUACCCCUCCUCAACCCCUCCAUCACUCAUCACCCAAGGCGCCGAAGGCCGACUCUACAAAACGACAUACCUGCACCCCAAUCUCCCCUGCGCGCUGAAAUACCGACCUCCAAAACCAUGGCGACACCCGAUUCUCGACCAGCGACUCACCAAGCACCGAAUCCUAUCUGAGGCCCGAAUCCUCGCCAAGUGUCGAAGGGACGGCGUCCGCGUCCCCGCCGUGUAUGGCAUCGACGAAAGCGGCGGAUGGCUGAUGCUGGAAUGGGUUCAGGGGACACCCGUGCGAGUCAAUAUAAAUGAAUGGCUGGGGAGCAGAACAGAAGGCAUUGAGGACGAUGAAAGAUUAAAAGAUUUGAUGAGGCGCAUUGGCAGGGCUGUGGGCAACUUGCAUAAGAUUGGGAUUGUGCACGGCGAUUUGACCACCAGCAAUAUGAUGCUGAGUCCGCCGUCCGACCGUUCGGAACAGGUCGAUUCGCUGAGUGGGGAGAUUGUGAUUAUUGAUUUGGGGCUGGCUAGCGGCGCUGUGCACGAGGAAGAACGAGCAGUGGACUUGUACGUCUUGGAACGGGCAUUUGGUAGUACACACCCUCGUGCGGAGUGUUUGUUUGGCGAAUUAGUCGAUGCUUACAAGGGGUGCUUCAAGCAAGCGUCUACGGUCUUGAAAAAGCUGGAAGAUGUGAGAAUGCGAGGGCGGAAACGGAGCAUGCUUGGUUAA